CUCUCAAAAAGUCAGAACUCUGCAGUAUCGAUGCAGUAAUAUACAUGAAAACCUGACUGUUUGAUCAAAACUAUCUAGACAACUUAAGUAUACUCUAUUAAAUCACAUUGAUUGUAUUUGAAAACUCAUUAGAAAUCUCCAGACUCCGAAUCGACUUGGAAUGGCCCUGAAGCCGAUUUAGAUCGUUAAAAAAAAAUCAAAACAUGUGGAGUUCAGUGAGAUCCAGCACUCGACCCCUGCUUCGUCUAAGGCGUUUGAAAAACCCCUCGAGGACCUUCCUCUCGUCUUCUUAUCCCUGCAUCGAUGCCUGGAACAAACGAUUCGAUUCCCCUCUCCUCAGCAAGGUAAACCCCAGUGAUAUGUUCCUCGAGCUCGACCAGAAGUACCAGAGUACAGGCUCGCUGAGUGCUGUGGACGUUGACAUCUUUGCCAAUACUGUGAGAGACGACGAGAGGUCGGACGAGCUAGUGGACAUCCUUCACAAGUUGAGGCUCACAAUGCAGACGACCAGCACACUUGACUCAACCCAUCAUGCUGUCAUCAGAUAUUUCCUGGAGAGGGACGAGAAGACGUUGUGGGACAUUUUGAACGACAGGCUGAACUAUGGAAUCUUCCCUGACCAUUUUUCCUACAAUUUACUGAUGGAUACUUUCAUAAAACAAAAGAAUUUUGCAUCAGCAGCAAAGAUAGCUACCCUCCUGAUGCUCCAGGAGGAUCAGGAGCACCCCAUUUGCAAUGCUCUCGCUGUCUACUCAUGUCACAAAUAUCUGGAGAACACUGAGAACUGGGGGCCACCGCCUCCAUCCCCUCCGGUGAAUCCCAAGGAAGAGGUAGUGAGAGUAAGAGUAAGAUACCUGAGGAAUCCUUAUUUUGAUGAUCACUUCGAUCUGACUGACCCAAAGCAUCUAGUUGGCAAGACCUUUGUCUUCUUUGGCAAGAGUAUGGAUGACGCCUUGGGGAGGUCCCUGAUUCUCAGGGGAUAUGUCCUAUGGGGAAAAUUUGAAAGUGCGGCUGAGAUGGCUCAAGGCUGGUUUGAUGGGAAUAUUGAGGGAGUAGUAUAUAAAGAGGUCCUGGAACUCGUGAGGAAGGACCUUGAGGGAGUUGACGAGCAGAAGGCGGGAGAACAUUUGCAGAAAAUGAAGGAGGUGAUGGAGAAACUCCAGGGAAUGAUCUUGAAGGAGGGAGACAUGGAGAUCCAAAUAGAGGAGAGGGUCAAGAAGGCCGUUGCCGAACGAGAGAAGGGAGAUAUUGAGUUGCAGUGCAAGCUCUAUGAGGAGUGGGAGAAAACCCGAAUGGAUCACCUCCAAAAGCAACUGAUAGAAAUCAAUAACCAGAAGAGGAUCAAGAACAUUGAAGACAUGAAGAAAGACUUGCAAGUACGAGAGCGAUUACUGACAUUCUUCGAGAACGAGGAGAAGCUCGAGCUUCAGAUAGAGGAGAAACUCAAAAGGGAAGAUGAAAAGUACGGACCACCUAUUGAACUCAAAGAGGACGAGGAAGAUAACUACAUACCCCCAGAAGUUAAACAGCACUCGAACAAGACUCACAUUUGAUUCACUCAAUAAGUUUUAUGUAGAUAUCUCCAUUAAAAAAGAAAAAGGUAAUAAAUACUUUCCGAAUAUUAAUGUUUA